AUGGAGUUCCUUUGCGAUCCUACAGGAGCUGAAGCUCAGCAAUGUACAGUGUACGGAACAGAUGAGCUCCUUUCUUUUUACAAAGAAGGGGACGUGUCCAUAGGAGCAAUUUUUUCCUACCAUCUGUAUCCAUAUCCUGAACCUCCAACACCGUACGCCAUUCGAGGAACUAUGAAAUGCUAUGGAAUGGAUUUGGAUGAGCUGCAGUAUGCCAUGACAAUGAUGUUUGCUAUAGAGGAGAUUAAUAAUAGAACCGAUAUCCUUCCUGACUUCACGCUGGGCUACAGAAUCUACGAUUCUUGCCCUGUCUAUCCUCUCUCUGUAAAAGCAUCUUUGAUUCUCAUGAACAGGCCGGAGGAAGAAAACCGAGACAACUGCACUAGAUCUUCUAAUGUGGUUGCUAUCAUUGGUGAAACCACCUCGACAGCAACAGUAGGUCUUGGAAAAACUGUGGGCCCAUUUUCUAUACCAGUGCUCAGCCAUUCAUCUUCCUGUGCAUGUCUCAGCAACCGAAAAGAGUUCCCUUCCUUUUUCAGAACAGUUCCCAAUGAUGCCUACCAAGUCAUAGCACUUGCAAAGCUACUCAAGUACUUCGGCUGGACCUGGGUGGGAGCUGUGAGGAGCAAAAAUGACUACGGAAAUGAUGGAAUGGCCAUAUUUUUAGAAGCUGCUGAGAAAGAGGGUGUUUGUAUUGAGUACUCGGUGGGUAUUUACAGGACAGACUCUAGACAGAAGUUCCUAGAUGUGGUGGAUGUUAUCAAGAUGUCUACAUCCAGGGUGAUUGUAGCUUUUGCAGAUGGGAACGACCUGGACAUCCUCCUUAAAGAGCUUUACUACCAGAAUGUGACUGGUCACCAGUGGGUUGGAAGUGAGGGCUGGGUCACUUACAAGUUCCUAAUAAAUAACAUCAACUAUGCUGUGUUAGGUGGUUCGGUAGGCCUUGCUAUACCUAAUGCUUACAUUCCUGGAUUAAAAGAGUAUAUUCAAAACAGCCGGCCCUCUACAGAACCAGGUAAUACUGGUCUGAUUGAAAUUUGGGAGAGUGUUUUUGGCUGCACUUUAAGCUCUCAAUCACAGGAGGCUACAAAACCCUGCACUGGAGGGGAAUCUCUACAGAAUGUACGUGCAAGCUUUACAGAUGUGUCGGAUGCCAGAUUACUGAACAACGUUUAUAAGGCUAUAUAUGCUGUAGCAUACGCCCUGGAUGCACUCUUGACCUGUGAAGACAAGAAAGGACCAUUUUCCAAUGGCUCAUGUACAAACAGAGACAAUAUAAAGCCAUGGCAGGUGCUCCAUUACCUGUAUCAUGUGAACUUCACUACUAAAAGUGGAGAAAACGUCCGAUUUGACAAGGUUGGUGAUCCAGUUGCACGUUACAUCCUUGUUAACUGGCAGAUGAAGAGUGAUGGAAAGAUAACAUUUGAAACCAUUGGCCAGUACGAUGUAUCCCGACCAGCAGGCCAAGAGUUUAUAAUAAACACUGCUGAUGCAGUCUGGGCAGGAAACCAGAAAACAGUUCCCCGGUCAGUAUGCAGUGAAAACUGUCCUCCUGGAACCAGCAGGGCCUUUAUAACAGGAAAGCCGAACUGCUGCUUUGACUGCAACCCUUGUGCAGACGGCGAGUUCAGCAACACCACAAAUGCAGUGACAUGUCUUCCAUGCCCUCUCGAGUACAAAUCAAAUGGAAACAAGACUCGGUGUGAUCUGAAAAACAUUGAAUUCCUCGACUUUAAUGAGCUCAUAAGCAUUCUGCUCAUAACCUUUUCUUUGUUCGGUGGAUGCCUUACCAUCACGAUUGGCGUUAUUUUCUUUUAUUACAGACAAACCCCGAUUGUUAAAGCCAACAACUCUGAGCUGAGCUUCCUGCUGCUCUUCUCUCUGACUCUGUGUUUCCUCUGUUCACUUACUUUCAUCGGUCGACCCUCGGAGUGGUCCUGCAUGCUCCGACACACCGCGUUCGGGAUCACCUUUGCCCUCUGCAUAUCCUGUGUUCUGGGGAAAACAAUAGUGGUGUUGAUGGCGUUCAGAGCGACACUUCCGGGCAGUAACAUCAUGAAAUGGUUUGGACCUGUACAGCAGAGACUCAGUGUGAUUUUGUUUACGUUAAUACAAGUCUUUAUUUGUGUGGUUUGGUUAAUCACGUUUCCUCCCUUCCCUUAUAAAAAUAUGCACCACUACAAAGAUAGAAUCAUUUUAGAAUGUCAUGUGGGAACAGCUGUGGGUUUCUGGGCUGUUCUGGGUUAUAUCGGAUUCCUGGCGUUCUUGUGUUUUGUUUUGGCUUUUCUGGCUCGGAAGCUGCCUGAUACCUUCAAUGAGGCCAAGUACAUCACCUUCAGCAUGUUGAUAUUCUGUGCAGUUUGGAUCACUUUUAUUCCAGCGUAUGUCAGUUCACCUGGUAAAUUUACUGUCGCUGUGGAGAUUUUUGCUAUUCUGGCUUCAAGUUUUGGUUUGCUGUUCUGUAUUUUUCUUCCUAAAUGUUUUAUAAUCAUCCUGAAACCUGAGAAGAACACCAAAAAACAACUGAUGGGAAAAUAA